CCCAGCGCUGCCGCGGUGCCUGGCGCAGCCACUAUGGUGCAGCUGAUGGGCUGCUCUUCGUGCUGGACUCCAGCGACCUGGCGCGGAUGGAGGAGGCCCGCAAGGCUCUGAGCCGCGUCCUGAGUCACCCCGAUGUCUCCGGAAAGCCUCUCUUGCUCCUGGCCAACAAGCAGGACGUGGCGGCCGCCCUGCUGCCCUGUGAGCUGAUCGAGCGCCUGGCGCUGCAGCGGCUGGUCAACGAGAACCGCUCGCCCUGCCGCAUCGAGCCAUGUGCAGCCGUGGGCCCGGCCCGCAGCACGCUGCAGGGACUGCGCUGGCUCCUGCGUGCUGCUGCUGAGCACUCCUUGCAGCUCCCCACUGCCUGCUCCCCACCACCUGACCCUGGACCCCAAGCAGCCCACAGCCGCCCACUUGCACACAGGGACCCCCUGGGCCAAGGGGAAGAUGAAUCUUGCAGUGCAGAGAAGACUGGGGAGCCCCAGCCCACCCACCGCCUCCCCCCCUCCAGUCUCCAGAAGGUGAGUGCAAAAGGCCCCGGGAAGAGGAAGAAGAAGGUGAAGUUGAGGAAGAAGGGCAUGGGGCAGCUGAGCCCGGCUGAAGAACCAGAGGGAGGAGCAGCAGGAGGGGCUGAUGGCCGAGCCAGCACCGCUGGGGGGCUGCUGGCCCCCAAUAGGGUCGGGCAAGAGGAGCCUGUGCCUGCUGGGAUGGCUGCCCCCAACCCAGGUGAGAGGACACUGCAGGAGCUGCUGGCACCACCCACACGGGCACCUCGGUAUCCCCAGAGCCACCCCAAGGGCGGCUGUGGGGACCCAGACUUGUGGGGCUGUGCUGGCCCAGCAGUCCCUGGGAUCUUCCUUAGCUCUGCUUGCAGGUCAGCUGAUCACAGAGUGGGUGGCACGAGUCUGGAUGGGAAUGAUGAGACACAUGUCUGAUGCGCAGAGGUGACGGAGGGCUGCAGACCUGCCAGCAGCAGUCCUCCCAGCUGGGUUGGUGACACAGGCACCCUUUCCCAAAGGUGAUGCCUGAAAUUUUGUAUUUCUCCAUCCAGCACAGGGCAUGAAAAAGAAAAAGAAGAAAAAAAUCAAGAAUAAAAUCAAAUCGCAGGAGCCUGUCGUGGAGCAGCAGCAGGAGGAGGUCUCGAGUACCUUUGGUUGGUAUUUCCCAGGAUCGAUUUUGCCCAAGAGCAUUGAGGGAGCCCAUUCGGUUGGCAGCAGGAUUUAAGUUGCUUGGGAGCCCUUGGGCACAUAGUGCUUGGUGUGGGGUCACAGAUACAGGCACGGCAAGGUGCUGGGGAGGUGGGUGCUGUGGAUGCUGCCUUUGGGUAGGAUGCAGCCAGGGCACCCAAGUACACAGUGCUAGGCUGCCAGGCUCAGCCCCUGGGUUAGUGCCUGUUUCCUUUCCUCCCCCAGACCUGUACCGCCGGGCGAUGCUGGCUCUGAAGAUGCGGCAGGAGCAGAGGAAGCAGCCGUCGGCCAUCGCCCCCUGAGCGGGACAGGCGAGACCCAGGGGAUGCGUGGUCCCGCAGCUCGUGCAGGGCUCCCAGGCUGUUUGGCCAGGGCUGGCGGUCCUGGGGCAGGAACAGCAGCACUGUUGUCCUCUGUGUGACUUGAAAAUCAGGAUCUGCAGGAGCAAGCCAGAAGUCCCGUUGUAAAAAGCCUCUUUGGCAGGCGGGUUGCAAACAGCCUGAAAAGGAAACAGACGGCACUAGCUGACCCUGUGUUAAUAUUCUGUGUAAGACUUGCCCUGAACCCUGCUGAGCCUGUAGAAGACAGGAAGCUCGGAGCAAAUAUCCCAUGGGAAAAGCCCACUUCUUGAACUGACACAAACCCUGGCGAAGCUGUGUUUGCAGGUCAAGGGCUAACUUCGCCGCUCAUCCAGCCCCUGCCCGCUGCCCGGACACGCUGAGCUUCCUGCUGGUGAGGCCAGGUGGGCACAGCCAUGCUCAGCUCUGGACUGAGCCAGGGCACAGAGCAGCAUCUGCAUCCCGACACAACCCAUCCUUAGUUACUGAUUCAUAGGCACUGCCUGCCCUGUGCAGGGCAAGAAAAAUCACUAAAGCCCUCAGCUGGGCUUAAGAAGGGAAAAGAAGGACUCUGGCUACUCUGCCUCGCUGGUGUGCUGUGAAAUGAUCAGAUUUAAUUGCCAGUGCCUAUAGCGACACAUUGCAACAGCUUCACGCCAGCCGGCGCUUGCAGCCCUCGCAGUAAGCCUGUCCUGCCCGGCCGGGCUCCCAGGAGAUGAGUGCCGGCUCUGGGUCACUGCCGCCCGCGGCUCUCCGUCGCUGUCCCGCGUGGGCACGGCUCGGGAGGGCCGGCAGCUCCCCCUGCUGCCCCGGGUGUGCAUGGAAAUAAAGCAAUAAAUGCAG